UUUAAGCAUAAUUUUCAUUUCAUUUCACUCCAUAUUAAUCUCGUAUAAUAACGUAUGUAAUAAUCUCGUAUGAUUUAAUCUCGUAUAACGAAGCGUUCAAUAGAGGUUGUUGGACGCCGGAAACUACAUACCGAAUCCUCUAGACCGAAUGGUACAGUCACCGUCGCCCCAAACCCGUCAUUUCGGAUCCUGAUGAUACAAUAACGAUGCUUUUAGGCUUUCCAAGCACCGGUCGCUGUUCUCGUCAAACCCGUGUAAAGCGACGAAGGGUUCAUCUUGAAAACUAACCUACACACGCAGCCCACAGCCACAGAAUAAACACAUCACGAAAUGCAAUGCUGCUUUUUUUUGGGUUUUUUUCCCUACAUAAGCUGAUAGCCUAAGAGGCUAUUUCAGCUUCACCCUAACGUAUAGGUGAGCUCACGGGGCUAAACCGGAAGUGUUGCUAACAUUGUCCCUAGCAGGAACAGUGCUUCGCAAAAUCUAUCACCGGAUCGGAAACGCGACCCACUGAGAAGAUCCAGCGAGAAACUCAGUGGGCCAAUGCGGUGUGUAGUACAAUUUCAUUACGACGUUACAAAAAAAAACGCUGACGUAGAAUAUUUUAGUAUUCUUUACGAGUAUGCAUUUUAAAUAACACAGCGCGGCGGGAAGAACGGCGUGCGAUCGCGCCGCGACCGGUGGCCGCGGUCGCGCCCCUCUCGCCCCGAGAGCACGCGGCAAGCCGCGGACGCCCGCCAUUAUCUGCGGCAGUCGGCAGUCGCGACAGCGCAUCACUACGGCUAAGCGCGUCUCGGUUUGCCGCGUACACCGCGCACAAAUAAAAUGGCCCGAAACUUAACCCUAUCCAGUGAAAAAAUGGAGUUAUUGAUUGAGGAAGUCAAAAGACGUCCCUGCCUUUGGGAUCGGACGCACGAAGACUACAAGAUACGCGCUUGGACGAAGAAGAAGUGGCUUGAAGUGUUGGAUGCUAUGCAACUGCCUCACACGUUAGACAAACUAAUUCAAGUGAAAUGGAAAAACCUGAAAGAUGUUUAUGUGAAAAAAUCUAGACCAAAUAUUGCAAAAAACCAGCGAGAAUCGUGGCGCUACUACAACUGUUUGAGGUUCUUAGAUAAUCCGGCGGUUUCGAAGAUUAGCGAAAGCAAUAGCGGAGAGGACAGCCAGACGGAAGAGACUGAAGUGGAACAGCGUCACGAAGAAUCAAGUUCUGAUGACGACGAAGAGAACAAACACAAUCACAACGAACAUUAUCCUUCAAAACGCAACACUGUGACGUACUAUAACGAAACGGACAGCGAAUACGACAUGAUGUUCUUAAGGUCUCUGGCUCCGUAUUUUAGGGAGUUGGAGCCGGUGAGGAAGCUGGUCGUCAGGUGCAAGAUACAGGACGUGCUGUUAAAAGAGAUAGCAGGGCAGAGGGGGGCCACGCAGACGAUGUAUGCAGACCAGAGUGAAGAUAGUACGAUGAUCAAAGCGGAACCGCCUAUAUAAUACAUUCCCUAUCUAGUAUUUUUUUUUAUUGCCCUUGUAGGCAGACGAGCAUACGGCUGAUGGUGAGUGGUCACCGUCGCCCAUGGACGUCAGCAAUGCCAGGGGCAGAGCCAAGCCGCUGCCUACCGUUAAGUACUCUCCACAAACCUCAUUUGAAGAAGGACAUGUCAAAGCGCUCGGGAAACACCGUGGAGAGGAGCUCAUUCCAAAGCCGGAUGGUAAAUUACCCAGAUAAAUUGACCCAGAAUAUUUGCAAGCCUUUGUAGUGGGUCCAGCCACUACACAUUCUGUAGUUCCUUGACGCGUGCAGUAUACAAGUCCCGAGUGCAUUGGAAUCAUAGUCAUUGUAUUAAAACUAAAAAGUGAGGUUAUUUUCGAAGAGUUUAAGUGAAACUUGAACACUGAUAAAAACUCCCUACAAAUAUACAAUAGUAAAUUAUAUAGGAAUGAAAACGAUUAAUGAUUUAAAUGUACAAGUGUAAUAAUUAUAGAUAAGUGACUAAGACUGCGAAAAAUAAACAUGUUUAUUUUAGGUCUGUAUGAUUUAUGAGGCAACAUUGAAAGUAUUGUUGUAUAUAAAACUGUAUUUUAAAUUUUUGUGUACAACACAAUUGGAUUCUAUGAAUUUUAAUUUGACCUACACUGACUUAAUCGUAAUGGAAAUAAAUAAAUAUAAGGAAAAUAAAAUUCGUUCUUUGAUAUUUAGACGAGCAAUCGCUGGGUGACUAUUUCUAUGUAUGUAGGUACUAGUGUUCGCCAAAAAAUCUAAUUCUGAUAAUACCUAAUUGCUUACACGUACGUACAGUUUCGAUUUUAUUGUAAUAAUGAUAUUAAAGAUAAUAGUCACCUUAAAUUUUUUUAUGCCAGAAAUGAGAAAUAAUAAAUUUGUUGAAAAACAGUAAAACAAUUUA